AAGAAGAAGAAGAAGAAGAAGAAGAAGAAGAAGAAGAAGAGUGUUGUUUUCAUACGUCACUUCCUGUUGGCUGAAGCGUGUUUCGUGCUGAAAAGGAAAAUGGCAGCGGACAGCAGGACUGAGGACUACCCUCAUGAGAUCGACGAACAGCUCACAGGCUUCGACUCCUCCGUUUCUUCUGUAAAAACCAUGUUGGAGAAGUUGAUGUCGAUGCCCAGGAAUGAGCUGCUUCAAAAGCUGGACCCUUUGGAUCAAGCCAAGCUGGAUCUGAUGUCUGCCUACACCCUUAAUUCAUUAUUCUGGAUGUACUUAGUUGCACAAGGAGUAAAUCCCAGAGAACAUGGAAUCAAACAGGAAUUGGAGCGAAUAAGGAUGUACAUGAAUAAAGUGAGAGAGAUCACAGACAAGAAGAAAGCUGCCCGUCUGGAUAAGGGAGCUGCUGCACGCUUCGUCAGGAGUGCUCUCUAUGAACCAGAUGAAAGAGAUUCUAAAAAGAAAACAGCUUCCAAGAAAGCCGCAGAUACAACGCCUGGCACCCCGCGGGCAAAGCGUCCAAAACAGAGCUGAAGUAAAUGAGGAGCUGUACAGUCUCCACUUUUUAUGGGGCAACAAACAUUUUUGCUCACUAGGCAACAAAGCAAAUUGUGAAUGUGUUACCGGGCAUCGUACUGGACAACAUGAGACAUCAAAAUACACAUUGAUGUUUGUUUGGGUUGCUCAACAGUCAAAUAGAAGAUCAGAUUCUUGCUGACUGUUGCCCUGCAGCAGUACUAGAAACACAAGACCAACUACAACCUACGUCACACCAUCCCAGGUUUUGCUGAACAUAUUUCUGAUGCUGGCAACUGAAUUUGAUAGAUUCAAUGCUGUAGCAUUUUUGUAAUUAGUGCGCAAAUCUACGGGGUUCUAUAACCAAGAAAAAUUUUUUUUUAUUUAGAAAAGUUAGUAAAAUAUGAAUUAGGUCCACCCAGGAAUUGAAAUAUGUCAUUUAAGAUUAUAUCGUUCCUUUUUUUUAGAUAAAUGAGAAAUGUUUCUCUGUAUUUUUAAAAGGGGAUUCUGUGAAUCAUAAGUCAAUUUGGUUUGCAGUUUUUUUUACACAGGUGCCAUGUGUCAAACGUAUUGAUAAAAGGUUUGUGGUGAUGUAUUGCUUCUACGAUUGACUUCUGCAUAAAUAAUCACCAGACAUGA